AUGGGCAACACCGGAAGCAGUGGCCGCCCCAACCUACCACCGCCGCGGCCUCAUCUGCAUGGGGUGCCCCCGCCGUACUAUCACCAGUACCCGCCAUGGCGCCUGGGCGCCGUCGCGCCGCCGCCGGCGCCGGCGUCAACGUCAAGGGGCAUACCCUGCGGCUGGAGCGCGGACGACGGCGGCCACCUGCUCGCCUUCUCCUUCGACGCCGACGCCCCCGGGAGGUCAGCCCCGAGGCGCUGCUCCUGGAAUGUCGAGCUGGAGCAGGAGGUGGCGCUUCUGCGGACGGAGCUGGAAGCUGCGCAGCUGCGCGCCGAGGCAGCGGAGGAGGCCGAGGAGCGGCUGUGCGUGCAGCUCCGCGAGGCCAAGUGCGAGACCCUCGAGCUCGCGCACGCGUACCAAGGCCACGUCCAGGAGCUCACCGCCGCACGCAGCAGAUAGCAGAGCACC